AUGACAUCUCCCAGGAGAAUGAUUGAGAGUCUUUUAGGGCCAAAAGAAAAACUUUGUGUUGGAGCAUGGAAUGUUCGCACAAUGUUUGAAACAUCAAAGACAGCGCAGGUUGCCGAUGAAAUGCAGAGAUAUGGACUUGACAUUCUAGGAGUGAGUGAAUGUCGCUGGUUAAAAUCAGGAAAGAUGAGAGUGAACAGUGGCCAUACCAUCUUAUAUUCAGGACAUGAUGACAAACAUCAAAGUGGAGUGGCAAUAAUGAUAAGCAAAGAAAAGAUCAAAACACUACUUGAGUGGGAGCCAAUCAAUGACCGUUUAAUUAGAGCACGUUUCAACUCCAAGUACUGUAAACUUACAAUCAUACAGUGCUAUGCACCAACGAAUGAUGUGGAAGAAGAAAUUAAAGAUGACUUCUACGAACAACUUCAGAUGGUCGUAUCUAAGGUUCCUCAGCACGACAUGCUGUUGAUGAUGGGCGAUCUGAAUGCAAAAGUGGGUGCUGACAACACUGACUGCGAAAGAUCAAUGGGCAAACAUGGUUGUGGAAUACGCAAUGAUAAUGGAGAACGCCUUGUUGACUUCUGCCUUAACAACAACCUGAUGAUAGGGGGAACCAUAUUCCCCCACAAGGAUAUACAUAAGUUAACUUGGAAAUCUCCAGAUGGUAGAACAACAAACCAGAUCGACCAUAUGAUAAUAAACAAUAAGUGGCGUAGAUCAUUAUAUGAUGUUAAAGUAUACAGAGGUGCGGAUGUCAACAGUGACCACUACCUGUUGAAAGCUACCAUCAAACUGAAACUACGCAGAGAUCACCAACAGCAAGGAAUGAAAAGGAAAUUUGACAUAGAUAAAUUAAAAAUCCCAAAUAUUAAUAAGGCGUUCAAUCUGGAAUUAAAAAACAGAUUUAAAGCACUUGAAAACAACCCUGAUGAUCAAGAUAACAUUCAAGGAAAGUGGGACACCAUCAAAGAAACAUAUGUUGAAACAGCUGCAAAAACUUUGGGUUAUAGAACAAAAAAGAAUAAGGAAUGGCUAACAUCAGACACAUGGGAAAGAAUAAGUGAAAGGAAGAAACUGAAACAAAAAAUCAUAAGCACAAAGUCGACCAGAUUACAAGAACAAAUGCAAAUUUCAUAUAGAGAAAAAGACAAAGAAGUGAAAAGAAGUGCAAGAAAAGACAGCAGAAUGCACCUUGACAAUCUUGCAAAAAGAGCAGAACAUGCAGCUUCUCAUGGAGAAAUGAGCGUUGUGUAUAAGAUAACUAAACAGCUAUGUGGUAAAAAUACAACCCAACCAGCUCUUGUGAAGGACAAAGAUGGCCACCCACUAUCGACAGAUCAUGAACAGGCCAAAAGGUGGGUCCAGUAUUUUCAAGAGGUAUUAAAUUGCCCAGAACCUGAUGAACCUACUACUCCUGUACCUGCUGAGGAAGACCUGGAAAUAGACCUCGAAUCACCGACAUUGGAGGAAGUUAAAAAAUUCUAUAAAAAAUCUUUAAAAUGGGAAAUCACCUGGCAUUGA